AUGGCUCUAAAAAAACUAUUACAGUUGGUCUCCUUGAUUGGAGCAGUCUUCUCAGCUUGCUUUGAUAAUGGAGACAAAGAAAUUGGGGGCAGUUGCUAUAAGUUUGUCCCACAGAAGCUGACAUUUGCGGAUGCACAGUACUGGUGUCAUUAUCAAAAUCCAGUGACUUCGUCCUACUUGGCAUAUGUGCCCAAUCAGUUUACGAGCAACUUCCUAGCAUCCUACGCCCGCUCAGCGUUUGAAACUGAUGAUGGAAACUUUUGGAUUGGUCUCAGCAGGAAAAGUUCGAGUAGUCCAUGGAUAUGGGAUAAUGGACAACCAUUAGGGUUCUCAAAUUUCGGAGGACAGCUUGGGCAGAACUUUGCCGCGGAAAGUAUCGUUAACGCGAAAUGGAACGCCUUUGGAAUCAAUGACAAGAAUUUCUUUGUCUGCAGUUAUGAUCCACAAGCACCACCAACAUUUGGCCCUCCAGUAACUGAUAUUCCAGUGUCCACAGUUCCAGUGUCCACAGAAGUACCUCCAACGCCUACAGCUGUAUUCGAGUUUUAG